CCUCCAUCCCCGUCUCAAUCUAAGUCGCGCCUGUCGCGAUACAUUACUCCUACUACCUUCUCCAUCUACUACCACCCAUGGCACCCACCGCUACCCAAUCAUUCUUCGAGGACUUUGACGCGACACCUUCGAAGAAGGCCGCUGCUCAGUUGGAGACAAUGUCCCUUGCCACACCACUUAAGGACAAGGCGUUCAUGGAGAAGCUCAAGGCGGCUGGUGCACCCGCACAGGAGGCAGAGUCAGAGGAAGAACCGCUCGAAGAAUACCGCAAACGCUUUGUUGGCGACCUAGAGUGUGAGGAGAAGGAUGAACCCCUACUCAAGUCAACACAACGUCGCUUUGUCCUCUUCCCCAUCCAAUAUCAUGAGAUCUGGCAGAUGUACAAGAAGGCAGAGGCAUCCUUCUGGACAGCAGAGGAGAUGGACCUGUCCAAGGAUCUCCAUGACUGGCAAAACCGUCUGAACAAUAACGAGCGUCAUUUCAUCUCCCACGUCCUUGCUUUCUUCGCUGCUUCCGACGGCAUCGUCAACGAGAAUCUCGUUGAGCGGUUUAGCAAUGAGGUGCAGGCUGCUGAGGCCCGAUGCUUCUACGGUUUCCAAAUAAUGAUGGAGAACAUCCACUCAGAGACAUACUCUCUCCUGAUUGACACAUACAUCAAGGAUGCCGAACAGCGUGAAUAUCUCUUCGAUGCCAUUGAUACCAUUCCAUGCAUUAAGCGCAAGGCCGACUGGGCAUUGAAAUGGAUCUCGGACAAGCGUUCGACCUUUGCUGAACGUCUCGUCGCCUUCGCCGCUGUGGAGGGCAUCUUCUUCUCCGGCUCCUUCGCUGCCAUCUUCUGGAUGAAGAAGCGCGGUCUCAUGCCCGGUCUGACAUUCUCCAACGAGCUCAUCUCCCGCGAUGAGGGCAUGCACACCGACUUUGCAUGCCUACUCUUCAGCCACCUCCGCCGGCGCCCACAUCCCGACACCGUCCGCAAAAUCAUUACUGAGGCGGUACUGAUCGAACAAACUUUCCUCACGGAUGCCCUUCCUGUCGCGCUCAUCGGCAUGAACUCGAACCUAAUGAACCAGUACAUAGAGUUCGUCGCCGAUCGCCUUCUUGUCGCUCUCGGCAACGAGAAGGUCUAUAACGUCACGAACCCCUUCGACUUCAUGGACCUCAUCUCCCUUCAGGGAAAGACAAACUUCUUCGAGAAACGAGUAUCGGACUAUGCCAAGGCCGGUGUAAACGUCUCCGCUGCCCAGAAGUCCAAGCCUUCGAAGCCAAAUUCAACAGGCUCAACCGAGGUGCAACAAGAAACACCCAUAAGCUCAAAGACCUUCACACUGGACGAGGACUUCUGAGUGCCCCUGGCCGAUCUUACUGUUUCUUGUUUCCCUUUAUCGCUCAUCUCAACCGGGAUAGAUAGAUAGUGUAUUACUACCUGCUGCAUUGUUACAAAUCACCUUUCAACCACUGUUACAUGUUAAC